AUGAGGCUUAAACUGAUAGCUAAUAUAGUCCAGGGUCCAUGGAUAGUGAGAACGGCUGUUGGCGAGCAGGCUAUAUGUAUUCUAGGGAGAGCUGUUUCUUGCAAGUACACAUCUGGGUUGAAUUACAUCGAGGUAGAUGUGGAUAUUGGAUCUUCAAUUAUUGCAAAUGCAAUUGUGCACUUGGCAUUUGGUUAUGUAACAAUAUUAACAGUAGAUUUAGCAUUCCUGAUCGAGAGCCAGACUGAAGAAGAACUUCCUGAGCAAAUCCUCGGAGCUGUAAGGUUCUCGAAUCUAAAUCCAGCUUCAGCUGGUCAUUAUGAUCUGACAUCUGAUGCAGAUGCUGGAAGCCAUCCACCACUGCUUCCCACAAGAUUGUGGAGAUCAAUUGGAUUUGGUUUUACCAACCUGCCACUGCAAGGGAGUCUAGAACCUUCAUCCAUCAUGUCAGAUCAUACCAAUGGAAAUCUUCAUGGAGAAAAUGAUACAAAGAAGAAUGAUGAAACUUGAAAUCACGAAUGCAUUAUAUUAUCCCAGGCAACUUCGUGUUUGUACUUAACUCUCAGUAUCUUCUGAUGGAUGAUAGACUCAUCGUAACUCCAUUUCAUGAUCUAUUAAAAUAUCCUCACAGUGCCCUGCUUCAUUUAUUCAUUGAAAAAGAAGGGAGAAAAGUCUCGAUGUUCUACUUUUGACUGACAUCAUGUGAAUAGUAGUCACCCCGUACACAUUUAUGCUGUCUCUUAACUUCCUGUGGCAUUGGAAAGAAUAUGAAUCUUCCAUGAAAGAGGGGGAGAGGUCAUUUGUAAAGAUAUAUAUUUGUGUAUUUGUUCCUGAUUCAAUGAUUGAAGCAUUCAUUUUGGUGAUUUGGUCGUUUGUAAAUUGUUUAAUUCACUCCUCACUGUUGUAUUAGAUGAAUCUUGAAUCAUUCAGUAUUGCGAUUGCUUCUUCUAUCA